GACAUCACAUCCUGAGACAGUUUGAAAAAUGGAGUUACGCCAUUUGCUGCAAACCGUCAGUGCUCUUUUUGCCUUUGUAUGUCUCUGUUGUUGCAGCACACCAGACAUGAUGGCAGAGUACACUCUGAAUGUGACCACAGGGAAGAUGAUGCCAGGAAGCACAUUUGAUAACAUUUUUGUGACCCUGAUCGGCACUGAAAGGGAAUCUGAACGCACUCGACUGAUCAGCUCUGGAGAAGGAAAGAUGGCAACACAUUCUGUGACUACAAGUGUCUCUUUAGGAAGCCUUCUCUUCCUCAAACUGGAGAGCAGCCCUGCCUAUAAAUCCUCACACCGGUCCUGGUUCUGUUCCAAGAUAGUGGUGAGGACACCUGAGGAGGAUGAGAUUCUUUUCCCUUGUUACCAAUGGCUAAAAACAGGUGGAUCGGUGAUGCUGAGAGGAGGAAGAGGUACAAAAGCUUUUGAAGAUUUCCACCCUCAGCUAGUUGACCAAAGGAAAAAAGAACUGGUGAAACAAAAAUUAAAGUACAGGUGGGAAAAGUACGCAGAGGGAAUGUCAUACAUUGUGAACAUAAAAGAUCCAAGCGCUCUGCCUGCGGGAGUCCGUUUCUCAUUUUCAAGAAUUGCUCAAUACAGCCAUUCCCUUGAAAAUUUAUCGAAUGUGUUUAAACUGACCAAUCUUAAAGAGCAGUGGAAAAGCUUUGAGGAGAUGAAGAGGGUGCCUUUGUUUAGAGAGUCGCCUAUUUCAGAGUACGUGUUGGCGCACUGGAAGGACGAUGACUUUUUUGGAUACCAGUUUCUAAAUGGACUCAACCCUUUUGUUAUCCAACGUUGCACAAAGCUUCCCUCCAAUUUAGCCGUCACUGAGGAAAUGGUGAAGCCUUUUCUUGCCAAAGGAAGCUCUUUAACAACAGAGAUGAAGAAAGGUAACAUUUUCAUAAGUGAUUACAAGAUCUUGGAUGGCCUGCCUACAAGAGUUAUUGAUGGUAAACCACUAGCUCUUCCAGCUCCCAUCUGCUUACUCUACAUAAAUCCAGAGAAGAAACUACUGCCCAUUGCAAUUCAGCUUGGUCAGCGAGAAUCAAAGGAGAGCCUGGUUUUUCUUCCCAGUGACAUGGACACUGACUGGCUGCUGGCUAAACUAUUUGUGAGGCACGCAGAGUUCCUCUGUACUACAUUAGCAACACAUUUGCAGACCACUCAUCUAAUUCCUGAGGUUUUCACAGUGUCUACACUUCGCAACUUCCCUACGAUUCAUCCUUUGCACAAGCUGCUGAUCCCCCAUCAUCGAAAUACACUCCAUAUCAACAUCUUCGCUCGUGUUCGUCUUUAUGGCUCCGGCAAAUUACUUACAAAUAGUUCACUUGGAGCAGAAGGACAAAUGGAACUUAUAAGAAGGGGGCUCUCCCAAACAACCUACGCCUCCCUCUGUGUUCCUGAAGACAUUGCCUCUCGCGGGCUGCAGUCCAUUCCCAACUUUCAUUACCGAGACGAUGCACUGAGGUUGUGGAACAUCAUCAACAGAUUUGUCACAGCAGUGGUGUCCUAUUAUUAUCCAUCUGACCGUGACGUGUCAGCAGAUUCUGAGCUCCAGGAAUGGGUCAAUGAAAUCUUCCACUAUGCUUUUCUGGGAAAACGCAGCUCUGGAAUUCCUUCCAGCUUUCAAACUGUGGAGAAACUUGUCAGGUUCAUCACUGUAGUGAUCUUCACUUCAACAGCUCGCCAUUCUGUAGGGAACCACGGACAGUUUUCUUAUAUCGGUUGGAUACCCAAUAAUCCAGCAGUGCUUCACCAACCUCCGCCAACAACAAAGGGACAAUCAAGCAUUGAGGCCAUCUUGAGGAGUCUGCCAACAAAAUAUGAAGGGACACUCUCAAUGUUGCUUGUCCGGCAGCUUAGCAUGAAGUUUGAUGACUUUGUACCUCUGGGUAAUUAUCCAGAGCAACGCUUUGAAGAGCCAGCAGUGUUGCAGAUGAUUAGGGAUUUUCAGGCAGAACUGUCCUCCCUGAGUGUGGCUAUUGCGAAAAGAAACUUGGAGCUGGAGCUGCCUUAUGAUAACAUGAACCCUGAUGUCAUUGAAAACAGUGUAAGCAAUAUUAGCCGCCGACUGACGAUGGCUGAGUACAAGCUAGAGGUGAAAAUCGAUGAAAUGCAAUAUGCAGGAACAUGGGACCAUGUAUCUCUGACCUUAUUUGGAAAUGAAGGACAGAGUGAUCGUACUAAGGUGGACAACUUUGGCAGGGACUUCAGUUCAACUGGGACUACAGGGACGUACACCAUAAAAACCAGUUCAUCUCUGGGGAAACUUCUGAUUGUCAAGAUGGAAAAAGAUCCUUUAGUUUCUCCAGGCGAGUGGUACUGCUCUACAAUAGUGGUGACCACUCCAGAAGGAGAUGUCAUUCUUUUCCCCUGUCACAGGUGGAUCACCAGGGGAGAAGAGGUGGAAUUGAGGGGAGGGAGAGCUAUGAAGGUGUUUGAGGAUGACCAUCCCUUGUUGACUGAACAGCGGAAAAAAGAGCUGACAUCCAAAAAGAGUCUGUACCAAUGGAGGACGAUGACUGAAGGACUGCCCCACAUCAUCAGCUUCAACGAUGGCUCCAACCCUCCAGCUGAGAUCUGCUUAUCUAUAUCUAGAUUUACUGAAUUGAUGGAAACACAGAGUUCAAUUUUUGAUGAACUCAAUCUUAAGGGGAUGUUUUUAUCCACAAAAACAUGGGAAACCAUUGAAGACAUGACACAUGUCUUAUGUGACAAAGAGACGACAGUGUCAGCGUACGUUAAAGAGCACUGGAAGGAAGACAACUUUUAUGGAUACCAGUUUCUGAAUGGAUGCAACCCCAAUAUGAUCAAAUGCUGCAGGGAGAUUCCCCCAAACUUUCCAGUCACAGAAGAGAUGGUCAAGCCUUUUCUAGAAACAGGAACCUCUCUGCAAAUGGAACUGAAGAAAGGCAACAUAUUCAUCUAUGACCUAAAGAAGAUGGAUGGAAUUCGAGAUUACAAUGGAGAACUUCUGCCUGUGACUGCUGGUCUCUGUUUGUUCUACAUGAAUCCAGAAAACAAACUUAAGCCGAUAGCAAUACAGCUGCAUCAAAAACCAUCUGAGCAGAAUCCCAUCUUUCUGCCGAGUGACACAGAGACAGACUGGCUACUUGCUAAGAUCUUCAUCAGAAAUGCAGAUGUAAUAGAUCAUGAGUCGACUCAUCACCUCCUGUGUACUCACUUUAUGGCUGAGGUUUAUGCUAUUGCCACUCUUCGCUGUUUCCCUGCAAUUCAUCCUCUCUACAAGCUGUUGGUUCCACACAUCCAGAGCAGUAUCCACAUAAACAUGAUGGCCCGCAGUUUGCUUUUAGGACCCAAUGAGAUUCUUUCUGUGAGCUCACUUGGGUAUGAGGGGGUGAUAGAGCUCAUGAGAAGAACUCACGCUGAAACAACCUACAGCUCCCUCUGCCUGCCAGAGAACAUCACUGCACGAGGACUGGAGUCUGUCCCCAACUUCUUCUACAGAGAUGAUGGACUCAAAGUGUGGAACAUCAUCAACAGAUUUGUGAAGGCAGUUGUGGAGUACUAUUAUCCAACUGAUGACGAAGUUGGUAAAGAUACUGAGCUGCAGGACUGGAUCAGUGAGAUAUUCACUCAUGGCUUCUUGGGAAACAAAGCCACAGGAAUGCCAGCAAGCUUUCAUUGUACAGAGGAAGUGAUCAGAUUUGUCACCAUGGUGAUCUUCACAGUGACAGCUCAACAUUCGGCAGUCAAUAAUGGACAGUAUGACUACAUCUCCUGUUUGCCCAACGGUCCAAUCGUGCUGCACAAACCUCCUCCAACCACUAAGGGGCAGUCAAGCAUGAAGACAAUUUUAGAGACCCUCCCAAAUGUUGGAGUGACUGCCAAAUCCUUGGUAUUGUUGUGGGUACUUGGAAAAAGAUACACUGAUUUUAUUCCCUUGGGUGCUUACCCUGAGCGAUUUGAUGAGCCUGCCCUGAAGCAGAUGAUUAAGGAGUUUCAAGCAGAGUUGUCUUACCUCAGUGAAGAAAUAACAGCGAGAAACUCACAGCUGGAAGUGCCCUACACAUACCUGAACCCGACUGAGAUAGAAAACAGUACAAGUAUUUAAGGCAGUUGCAGGGAUCAGGCUAUUAGCUGAUCAUAUUGCAUUAUUCUGUGUGUGAUUCUGGGGGCAUGCCAUAUGACGGGAUAGUAAGAGGUUUUGAUCAUCAUAUUUGGUUUUCAACAUAUUGAUUCUAAAAGCAGAGUUACUGUGUGCUCACUAGUUAAGAGGAUUUGGAUCAUGAAUAACAGGAACUACAACUAUCUACUAUUAUCUUUAAGGACAGGUAAAAACAAGGUGAAGGUACAGCUAAAGACGCCACAUUUUAGACCUUGUAAUUACUGGCAGAGACCUGGUCUCUACUUUUGUGUUUCUUUAGACGUAGAUGUGGGAAUCUUUGAUAAUUUCUGUGUAAAAUGUUUUUAAAUGUCAAUGGUUUUAUGCAACAAGUUUGUAGAAUGAACUAUGGGGAAACGCUAUUUCACCAUUGAAGUAGCUGCAAAUGUUAUUGACCUUUUAUGUGACAAGUGCUGACUAUUUACCCUCCUCUCCUGAUUUUACAAUCAGUUUUAACAGGAAACUUAGAUCCACCAUUGAUGAAAGUAAAAAAAAAACUAAUCCAAAAAAAUUUCUUUAUGUCUUAAUGUCAUUUAUUAGCAAUGCUGCUAGUGUUAAGAGUAUUGAGUAGGAUGGAAUAAACACUCCCUGAAUGGGAAAUAUCUGACUAGAGGAAGCUCCUACAGCUUUGAUCUAAAAUGUAAUAAUGCUAUGGUCAAGGCAAACGGCCCAACUUAAUUCCUAAUAUUAUUUACCAGAAACACAAGACUGUCAACCUGAUCGGGAUUGAAUACAGAGAGUUGUGGGUAUUGGUGCACACCAUGUCCCUAUACAUUUUAUUUAUCCCACGCAUUAGUCUACAUAAUAAUUAAUUUGAUGUAUUCAACAGCAUUUAUUAUUUCAUUGACCGUAAUGUUUUAGUUUAUUUAGUCAUUUUCACUCGUUUCUAAUUUAACUCACUUUCUGAUUUUUAAUCAAACUUUUAUUUUCUUUAUCUAUCUUAUUAUAUUUUAGUAUAUUUUACCUCACCAAUAUACAAUUUUAUUAACUUUUAUUUAACUUUGUGUAUUUAUUUUCUAUUCUUUUAAUUCCUGCUUCUUUUUCUGGUCAUUUAUUAGUAUUUUUAGUCUCCAAUGUUUCCUCAUCACUGAUUACUGAGAUGAGUUUUUCUAGCAUUGUUGACUCACAGCAAGAAGGUUUGAUCUGAGGGCCUUUCUGUGUAGAAUUUGCAUGUUCAGCUUGUGUGUGCGUGGGCUCUCUCUGGAUUCUCUUUAUGUGCUUGUAUUGAUAGGCAAUGGGUGGGGCGGUGCCACUUUAUCGUAUAAACCACUUACAAUUAUAUUACUUUGCAUAAAAAGUGCAACAUGAAUAAAGUCUGACUGAAUUGUC